AUGUUCGAUCCCUUGACAGCUACUGCGUCCGAUCUCCAGGAGUUGCUCACCUCGCAGCAGCUGCGCAGCGUCGACCUGGUAGAAAAAUAUCGUCAACAGAUCGACACGUACAAUGGCUAUCUGCACGCAGUCCUGCAACAAGCUCCCCUCGACGUGGUCAUGUCUAGAGCCGCGGCCAUGGACCAGGAGCGGCAGGAGGGAAAACUACGCGGGCCACUGCAUGGCAUCCCAAUUCUGGUCAAGGACAAUAUCGCAACACAUCCCGAUCUGGGUAUGGAUACGACAGCAGGAAGUCGUGCUCUCAAGGGGUCCAAGCCUCGCAAUAACGCGCCCGUCGUUGAGCAGCUGUUGCGGGCUGGAGCUAUCAUUAUAGGCAAGGCCAACCUUUCGGAACUCAGCUACUACAAGGGCACUGGUCUGGCUUGCGGCUGGUCUCCUGUGGGUGGUCAAACUCAGUCUGCCUACGUUCGUGGGGGGUUCCGAGAUGAUGACUCCUUCGUCGGACACAGCAAUACAUCCGGGUCAUCCUCGGGGUCUGCAGUGGCCGUUGCCGCUGGAUUUGCUCCCUUCUCCUUGGGCAGCGAAACCGAAGGCUCUCUCAUUUCACCAUCGAACAGAGCAGCACUGUACACCUUGAAACCGACCAUGUCUAUUGUACCUCAGGCCGGGGUCAUACCAAUUGCAAAGUUGUUCGACUCGGUUGGUCCAAUGACCAAGAACGCCCGCGACGUUGCUUUGCUCAUGGAUGUUCUGGUAAACCCAGAGCUCACUCAAAUCCCCAAGGGUGGCUACGUCUCUGCUGUGACGGGGCAAUGGAACGGGUUGCGAAUUGGAACUGUCGACCCAGAAGUCUGGGGGUACGAGGCAGAUGCUCGCAAACCACAGCCCGGCGCGGAAGAGCAAAUGCUAGAAGAAACACGACUUGCAUACGAGAAGCUUCAUGGUUUAGCUGAAAGCUACCAUCACCAUGUGCCUCUGAUUACAGAGGAUGCUUUCAAUGUCGAUGGCAAAAAUGCAAUUUUCACCCUUCUGAGCCACUUCAUCCCUUCAGAAUUCGCAGAGUACAUGUCCACAGUCACCGACAGCUCUAUCUCAACACUUGAGGACCUGAUCGAGUACAACAGGGCUCACGCAGAUGUAGAAUUACCGCCCAAGAACCCAAAACAGGACCUCAUUGAAGACGCCGUGAAGAUGAAUCUCAGCAAGAAUGAGGUAGACUCUCUCAUUCAUCACGUCCGGGACGUUGGCCGAACUCGCGGAAUCGACAAGAUCUUCGCAGACUUCAAUGUCAAUAUCAUCGUGGGCCCAGCCGAGAGUGGCCUGACGGGAUUUGCGUCGGCGACAGGAUACCCGAUUGCUACACUUCCACUGGGCUAUCUCGACUUCAACGGACGGCCGCAUGGACUGGCAGCUAUCGCGGGACCGCAUCAAGAUGCUCUACUGAUUCAACUGCAAAGUGCAUGGGAGACAUCCACUGCUCCGAGAAAGCCACCCGUGCUUCAGCCGAAAUGGGCUCAUUAUCAGUCAUGA